AUGAAGAUGAACGUUGGGUUGACCUUGAGGGCAGCAAAAGGCUGCUGGAGGCUGAACCUCAGCCAGCAGUGCGCACAUGGAUCCAUUGGACUAUUUGUGCCACCGAGUCCUCCUGUGGACCCUGAGAAGGUCAAAGAGCUACAGCGCUUCGUCUCUCUUUCCAAGAGACUCCUAGUGAUGACGGGGGCCGGGGUCUCCACGGAGUCGGGGAUCCCGGACUACAGGUCUGAAAAGGUGGGACUCUAUGCCCGCACCGACCGGAGGCCCAUCCAGCACCGGGACUUUGUGCAGAGGGCUCCAGUCCGCCAGCGGUACUGGGCGAGGAACUUCGUGGGCUGGCCUCGGUUCUCCGCUCAUCAGCCUAACCCUGCCCACUGGGCUCUGAGCAGCUGGGAGAGACUCGGAAAGCUGUACUGGCUGGUGACCCAGAACGUGGGCUUGCACACCAAGGCGGGGAGUCAGCGCCUCACUGAGCUGCACGGAUGCAUUGCACAGGUGCGGGAACGUCGGGAAGGCUUGAAUGCAGGAAUGUGUAAGGGCAGGGACCUGGGCUGA